AUGGGUACGCCGUCCGCCGGCGGGCUCGGCUGCUUUGACCGUUCGUCGUGGCUGGCACAGAACAUCAACGUGGGCAUGUUCGACUACCUGUACUGGCUGCUCGCCGUGCUCAGCACAAUCAACCUGCUCGUCUUCGUUCGAGACGCAGACCACAGUUGCUGUUCAGGUUCGCGGCGGCCUGCGCAACUACGACGCGGCACGGGCGGCCGGGAUGAGCAGGCACUUUGGAUUCAAUCGCUGUCCGAGAAGAUGCGGCCCGGCGAGUCCCCCGAGGCCGCCGCGGCGUGCGCCGUCCGGGAGGAGCUAUCCAUGGAGUGUCGAUUGUCAUAG